AUGACCGCCAACGUGCGCGAGCCCCAACCCGUCCCUUCACGCUCCCCUUCCCCACCGGAGGACAUAGCCGCAGCAAUGGGCUUCUCCUCCUUCGGCGCGAAACCCAACCCCCCGAAGAAGAAACGCAGACUAGCCGAUCCGAACAGCGAGGGAAGCGGAAGCAACAACACGCCCCUGGGCGUGAGGACACGAACACCGGCCGGGCAGCAGGCGAAGGAAGACGUCGGGCGAGAUCGGGGCCAAUCGACCGAGAUGGGCGUGGGAGGGGCGCAGGGUCAGGAACGGAGGCCACCCCAGGAGGAAUGGACCGGCCUGGCGAACCCGGACCCCCUCGCCGCCGCGGCCCUCGACGAAACGGCCGGCAUGCUGCUCGAAACGGGCCGGUUGCCGCGGUAUCUCGACUGGGAUGAGGGUCGUGUCGAGGGUGGGCGGCGUGAUGAUGGAAAGUGGCGGGUUGGAGGGGAUGCGGGGGAGGGGAUGAGGAGGCAGGGGAAGAGAGGGGACGGGGAGUGGGAUUGGCAGGCGUUGAGGCGGGGGGUGGUGGUGGAUGAGAGGGGGGAUGUGGCGUUUUACGAUGGGAGUUUUGUGGAGGAUCCUUGGAGGGGUUUGGGUGGGCUGGGAGAAGGCUGGGGGGGGGGCGGUUGGGGCUACGUUGUGGGCAUGGUUUCGGUGGGUGAGAAGGGGGUGGGUCGGCCAGAUACGAAAAGGACUGCAAAGGGAGAAGGCGGAUGGGCAGGUCUAAGACUAGGAGUGUGGGCGAAAGUUCUAUUGGACGGCGUUAUGGUAGAUACCCUAGCGAUAUGA